GGAGUUACCACCGUCUUGGCAUCGCUCUUCCUUUCAAACCUCUGUGUAAUGAUAUUGUUUGCAGUGAUGCUCAGACAGAGAGCACCUGCUGCUCUGUAAUGAUUCAGCCUCUUUCAGCCGCCGCUGUAACACGACAGGAUGCUGCUGCUACUGUCACUUCUGCCGCUGCCGCUGUUGUUACAGAUUUUGCUUUUGCUCCUUCUACCGCAUGACAAUUGUUUUCCUCGUCUAAGCAGAUACCAGCCUCAGAUGCUCAAGGUGAGAAUCUUGCCUUUCGCUCUGGGCUAUUGGUUCACUUAAUCCGGUCAAUUUGUUCAGUGUUCGUGGUUUUCUUUCGUCACCCUCCUUCCCCCUGUUUUGUUUUGUUGUGCUUGCUUUUGGGGGGAUGUUUCUUCCCUCCUGCAGAAGAGCUGGAAUUGCUUGAGAGGCAUUUAAGGAAUUAUAAAAGUGGCCAGCA